AUGGAGGAGGUGAUGGAGGAGGUGAUGGAGGAGGUGACGGAGGAGGUGACGGAGGAGGUGACGGAGGAGGUGACGGAGGAGGUGAUGGAGGAGGUGACGGAGGAGGUGACGGAGGAGGUGACGGAGGAGGUGAUGGUGGAGGUGAUGGAGGAGGUGAUGGAGGAGGUGAUGGAGGAGGUGCUGGAGGAGGUGAUGGAGGAGGUGAUGGAGGAGGUGAUGAGGAGGUGGUGGAGGAGGUGA